AUGAUCGGGUGGGCAAAAUCAAUCGUGGGGGUGAAGCCGAAGGGGUGGAGAGUAGCCCGGAAAUGGCUCCCAACCCCCGGGCAGCAGCGGAGGCUGUUCGGGUCCAGCACCCCACCCGAUGAACUCACCAGAAAAAUCAUAAUCGAGAGUAACUACGGACACAUAAAACAGAUGAAGAGCCAGGAAUUGAGAGUACUCUCAGAAAACUGCAGCAACAAAAAAAUCCGAGACGUAGUUUUAUGGAGUGAGAUAUCCCGAAAUGCUAUUGACAGAUGUGACGAGUUUAAAUACUUCGAUGCACUCCUACUGCUGAGUUCGUUUGAAAAAAUGAACCUAGCAGAUGAUCAUCUAUACAAAACGUUUGCUCAUGUCUUUGUAAAGCAAAUAAAUCACAUGGAGCCCAGGCACUUCAUCCUCCUAAUUACUUUGUACUGUAAAGCAAACAUAUUUCCACGGGUAUUAUUUGUCCAAGUUUUUCAUGCCAUUGUUAGAUAUUGUUCCAAAUUUUAUCCUGAGGAGUACGUAGAUUUGCUGAUCUGUUUUGCCAACUUACACAUUUCGAACGUAGAUCUGAUUAGGACUCUGUGUAAAUCCAUGGUGAAGAAUGUGAACCUGUUUGAUUACAGCAACUUGUGUUGCAUUGUUGGAUGUCUACGACGUUUGGAGGUUAAUGACGAUGUUAUUUAUUACGUACUAGAUGAGAAACAACAGAAGGAGUUAAAAUUACUAACAACACAGGAGCUGUUCGAUCUUAUGAAAAAGGUGAAGCUACUUAAAUACAGUUGGGAGUUAUACGAGAAAGAUUUACUUGAAGAGUUUUUAAGUCGCAUAGAUAGCUUCCAGGGGGAGAAGGACAUUAACCAGCUGGAAGACCCCUUCGUUUGUUUAAAUUUCCUCGUGUCCAAACAGCACGUAAAGAGCAGCUUUCUCAUAGCGCUUAGCAAAUGGUGUGCAUCGCAUGUGUAUGAGUACCCUUCAAGAUCCGCCAAGCGACCCCUCGCUUACCAACUCAUUAUGCUAUACCAACUUAUGCAAGAACAUGAUGUUAAAAAUUAUCACUUUAUUGAGAAGGCCAUCCAUAGAUUUGUCAUAAGUCGGGGAGGGUUGGCUGUCAACCGGGAUAAGAUGAUCAAACCGGUUUCCUACCAGAAGGGGCGUAAGUAUAUCUUUACUCAGGACCCCCUCGAGGGGGCUGACGCGGAGGAAGUAGACGCGUCAAGGGACCGUCUCGUAGACCAGCCCACUGGUGAGGAUUCCUAUCUACACGAGGGCAUACCGCACAGGAUCAGCGAAGACGAUGAGUAUACCUCUCCACAGCGUUACUCCGACCCGGAGGAGCCAACCCCUAUGACGGAGAAACAGCGGUCCAUCUCUCUGAGUCUGGGGAAAAGUACCGAGCGAAAGAAACCCUCCUUGCAUUCUCACGGAAGGCACUUCAACUUUAAGCUGCGGCAGCGGCCCAAGCGCGUGAAAAAUGGGGCCGUCCCAGUUGACAC